CUUCUCUCACACACACACACACACACAGCUCAUAGGAUACAGCGACAGACCUGAAAAAAAAAAAACGAUGCUUUUACGAAGCGCGUCGACUCCAAUUCUCACCUCGUUGGUCCACGUCUCGAGCCCAAUCGAGCCCGAAUCUCUUCAUCAGAUCCAACGGCCCAGAUCUCUCACACUCUCUUCCUCCUCAUCCUCCUGCUGCUGUUACAGCCCGAUGUCUGUGCAUUCCAGCGACGGGAAGAUCAAAAGAACGGCGUCGGAGAGCGAUCUCAAACAUCUGACAUCGACUAAUAAGCCGCCGUCGAGCAAGUUCCUCACCGGCGCUCUUAUGGAGGACGUGGAGGAAGGAAUCGGAUUCGGAAUCAUACGCGCGUCUUCUUACGACAACAGAGCGUUGAGCUGGGCGUUGGAGGAUGAAACCGAGGUCGGAGGCGGCGGUGGCGGCGGAGGAGGGAAGAGAAGGAGCGGCGGAAGAUCCGACGGUGGUGGUGAUGAUGGAGAGGAUAGCACAGACGUUCAUUAUCGUGAGAUGAUUGAAGCUAAUCCUGGAAACGGGAUUUUUCUCAGCAAUUACGCUAAGUUUUUGAAAGAGGUUCGGGGAGAUUACUUGAAAGCGGAGGAGUAUUGCGGGAGAGCGGUUCUGGUGAGUCCUUACGAUGGGAAUGUUCUCGCCAUGUACGCGGAGCUUGUGUGGAUGAUCCAUAAGGAUUCGUCUCGUGCUGAGUCUUACUUCAAUCGAGCUGUUGCAGCUGCUCCUGAUGACUGUUAUGUACAAGCUUCAUAUGCGCGGUUUCUUUGGGAUGCUGAAGAGGAGGAAGAAGAUGAAGAUGAAGAGAGACACGGAGAAGUACUUGAGCCUCAAACUUCUCGGAUUGAUUUCUUUACCGGACCUUACCCAAUUACGGCCAUGUCUUAACUCCUUGUCUUGGCAUCUUAUAGAUUUAGUUAAAUAAUGUUACUUCUAUGAUCUAUCUAACCCUUUUGUUUUAAUGUGAAUUCUUUUAAUGUUGCCUCCCUUUCAUAAUAUAUAUGGGUGUUUUCAGUUUUAGAAUUUGUCUCAGUUGUAGACUUGUAGUAAUAUACCACCGGAAGGAAAAUAAGUAUUGGAAUAAAAAGUUUUGCUCUUAA